UGGCAGAACCUUUACUAGUAAUUACUUACAACGGUACUGGCCGGGGUUCGUUGUCUUCCCUACUGGAGACCAUGUCACGUCUUACGAUCAUCGUUGCCGCCACGAAAUCAAAUGGUAUCGGCCAACAUGGUGGACUUCCAUGGCGGCUGUCGAAAGAGAUGGCCUAUUUUGCUCGAGUCACGUCCACCGCGCCUGAAGGACGGAGGAACGCGGUCAUCAUGGGGCGGAAGACAUGGGAGAGCAUACCAGCCAAUUUCAGGCCUCUCUCUAAACGCCUCAAUGUAGUCAUCAGUCACAACGAGGACUACGAACUGACAUCCUCCAACCCGUCAACUCCAGUCCACCUUUGCUCGAACUUGACUCUGGCAGUUGAGUUGGCAUCUCAGGCCGACAUACACCGCCGAUUUAUUAUCGGUGGAGUAUCCUUGAUCUCAGAGACACUAAACCCUAUAUCUUCGAGUCCGACGCCUUGCAUCGCUGACCGUGUCCUCUUGACACGGAUCCUUGCACCUGAUUUUCCUCAAUGUGACGUUUUUAUACCAGACUUCUCGGGAGCAAGCGAGGAAGGGGAAACGGAAUGGAAGCAGGCAACUCAUGAUGAACUCGUGCAAUGGACGGGAUUCGACGUGCCAGCAGGGGUCCAGGAGGAAAAGGGAGUUAGCUACGAGUUCCAGAUGUGGCUUCGUCAAUAACAUUGGUGGUAGAAUAUUUCGAAAGCUGUGUAUUAUAUCGACAAAAACGAUCCCUCUUCCCCUACAUGCGCUCUACCAAAACGAUUUUGGCGUGUCAAAAACGCAGUCUCGACAAUGAUUAUCCUUGACGCUGCUUGUGUUUUGGGUUUUUCGAACACACGACAUACACUCUGCCUUUUCGCUUCACAACGCUGCACCCGUCACACAUAACCUUCACAGAUGACCUCACUUUCAUUCCACGCGCCGUGGACGGUAUUGCAUUCGUGGGUGAUGAAAUCGCAGGUGUGAAUUUGUGUAUGUGAGGAAGAGUAGGGAUGCGCAAACGCGCUAACAAUGGCCUGCUUGAGGCUAGCAAAGCUCUCAACAUGAUGGUGAAACACAGGCCAGAAACAAGUCAAGAAAGUUUCGUGAGGAACGACGCUGUGGUCACGUGC